AUGCCUCGUUACUGUGCUGUAAAGAUUUGCUCAAACCGUGGAGGGACAGCUUCAAGAAAAAACAACAAGAGAAUUAGCUUCUACCCGUUUCCCUUACACGACAAGUCCAGGCUUCAGAAGUGGGUGGACAACAUGAAGCGGCAAGACUGGAUUCCCAGUCGACAUCAAUAUCUGUGCAGUGAACAUUUUACAGAAGACUGUUUUGACAUUCGAUGGGGAAUCCGUUACCUAAAAAACACAGCCAUUCCCACAGUUUUUCCUCUAAUUAAUGAUGAUGGAGAGAAAAAGGUGACCAACAGUAAAAGAAGCCCCAAGUCUAAACCCUGCACUUCGGAGACUGACGCUGAGCUCAGACAAUCUGAGUCGCCUUCCAGUAAGAGACCUCACAUUUUGAGGAAGACAUGCAAACAGAUUGAAGUAAAUAUAGAUAAAAACGUUGUUUCAGAACAAUUAGAACAGACGUUUGAACCUCCUGUGGUGCCGACAUCUGGAAAACCGUUUCAGUCAAGUCCUCUACAGACACCAACCACCAUUUGUGACGUAACGGGUGACGGUGGAAGGCCAACAGCAUCUUCACAUCCAGAAGAGCAGGCGGGCUCGAUUGUUGCUGUGUUGUGUUACAAAACUCUGGGGCCUCUUUCCAGCAGAGAGGCAAACGUGGAUCCAGUUCUCCAAGCAGCGCUGGGACAGACUUUUCACUCAGUCCCUUUGGAAAAGGUCGAGGAGAAAUCUGCACGCUGCUUUGUGGAAGAGACAGAACAUGGAGAGGAGGUGCAUGUUUCAUUUUACGAGCACUCUUACUCCAGACCUGACCUUGACGAAGAUGAGUUGUGGAACAGGAUCUUGGGUUUGCACGCAAAAACACUGGAGCUGGAUCGCAGGGAGAAGAACACUCUGGCUAAAAUCUGCGCUCUGGAAAAUGAGGUCGCCCUCCUUAAAAUGGAUGAGGCCAUUUUUAAAGAGAAGCAGAAAUUUUUAGAAGAUUAUAUAUCGUCUGUUCUGGUUUCAUGGGGUUAUUUAAAUGCAUGA